GCCCGGCCUACGGCCUGCGGAGCCCAAGUCGCAGUGGCCUCACGGCCCGGAGGCUGUGGCGGCGGCGCGGCGGCGACAUGGCCUUUGUCCCAGAGGAUGCCUGUCUCAGCUCCAAUGCCACCUACAGAGCCACCGGCAGCCUUGGGAAGCAGCUGGACCACCCGCCACCUGGCCUGCAGAGACCUGAGGACCACUGCCACGCUACCUACGCCAUCUUCUUCAGCCUGGGCAUUGGCGGUCUGCUGCCAUGGAACUUCUUUGUCACUGCCAAGGAGUAUUGGGCAUUCAAGCUGCGCAACUGCUCCAGCCUGGCCUCGAGGAGGGAUCCUGAGGACUCUGACAUCCUGAACUACUUUGAGAGUUACCUUGCCAUCGCCUCCACUGUGCCCUCCAUGCUGUGUCUCGUGGCCAACUUCCUCCUGGUCAACAGGGUUCCUGUCCGGGUCCGCGUCCUGGCCUCGCUGAUUGUGACAUUGUCCAUCUUCGUGGUGAUGACCGUGCUGGUAAAGGUGGACACUUCCUCCUGGACCCGAGGCUUCUUUGCUGUCACCAUCAUCUGCAUGGCCAUCGUCAGUGGCUCUGCCACCAUCUUCAAUAGCAGUGUUUUCGGCCUGACCGGCUCCUUCCCCAUGAGGAAUGCGCAGGCACUGAUAUCAGGAGGAGCCAUGGGAGGGACCGUCAGUGCGGUGGCCUCGCUGGUGGACCUGGCCGCAUCCCACGAUGUGCGGGACAGCGCUCUGGCCUUCUUCCUGACGGCAGUCAUCUUCCUGGGGCUGUGCGUGGGGCUGUACCUGCUGCUGCCGAGGCUGGAGUACGCCAGGUACUACAUGAGGCCUGUUGGCCCUCUCCAUGUGCUUUCUGGUGAAGAGGAGCUACCACAGGACUCCCCCCAUUCUCCUUUGUUGGCCCCCGCGUCCCUUGAGUCCCACACACCACCCCUACGGCCCAUCCUAAAGAAGACCGCCGGCCUGGGCUUCUGCAUCGUCUACCUGUUCUUCAUCACUUCCCUCAUCUUCCCUGCCAUCUCCACCAAUAUCGAGUCCCUCCACAAGAGCUCAGGCUCUCCAUGGACCACCAAAUUCUUCGUGCCCCUCACCACCUUCCUCCUGUUCAACUUCGCUGACCUUUGCGGCCGGCAGGUCACAGCCUGGAUCCAGGUGCCGGGCCCCAACAGCAAGGUGCUCCCCGGGCUAUCACUGCUGCGCACCGGCCUUGUCCCGCUUUUCGUGCUGUGCAACUACCAGCCCCGUGUCCACCUGACCACAGUGGUCUUCCAGUCCGACAUCUGCCCUGUGCUCUUCACCUGCCUGCUGGGGCUGAGCAACGGCUACCUCAGCACCCUGGCUCUCAUCUACGGGCCCAAGAUUGUGCCCAGGGAGCUGGCCGAAGCCACUGGGGUAGUGAUGUCCUCUUACAUAUACCUGGGCUUGAUGCUGGGCUCUGCCUUCUCCGUCCUGCUGGAGCACCUCAUCUAGGAGAGGCGGCAAGAGCAUCAGUGCUGUGUGAGGCUCUGGGUCCCUGGGAGAUGGGGCAGCGAAGCCAAGGGCUCACAGGGCGUGGAGGAAAGGCUGGCGUUUCUUUUGGUGCAGAGAGCAGGGCAUAGUUGGGCCUCUGCCCUCCCAAGAUGCCAGUGAGUGUUGUUCUUGCCCAUCCUGUGCAGGGAGAAGCAUUCCAGAUGCUUGAACAGAACUCGUUAGGGACAGAUGGAGAAGACUAUUACGAAAAGGGUACCACCUUCAUAGCUGACAGGACACCCUCCAGUGUUGGAAUCUGAGUUGUCACCAGUCCGGAGCCCAGUGGGGAUGCUCUGUAUUCUCUCAGAAAGAUGGGUGAGAUUCUCAGUGCUCCUUUCUCUGAUGGCGCCCCCUAGAGUGGGGUCCCCCCCACCCCCCGGGAUGGCCAGUCCUCAGGCUCAAGUCCCAGCCUGCACAGACCCUAGUUCUGUGGGUAAGUGGGUGCCCACCAGCCAGCCUGGAAGGCCCAGAUAGAUGGGCCCUGCUGAGUCCUUGCUGCCCUCCCAGGCUCUGGAGGCCUCCCUGUGCCAGGCUGUGAGCUUGCCAGGCUGAGUUAGGUUCAUCAUGGCCUGGUAGGUUUCAGCCUGGGCCAGGGUAGGGUCUUUUUUUUUAUGUGGAACAAGGGAUUGAACUCAGGCUAUUGCACUUGCCAGGCAAGCACUUAUUCUACUGAGCCAUCUCCCUGGCCCCAGUGUAUGUUCUUUUAAUGUUUACAUUUACAACCUGUCAAAGCCAUUGGUUCAAGGGCUCAAUAAACCCUGGAGUCUUCA